AUGCCUGCGCAACGUGCUCGUGGUAGUCCCAAGAAACAGAAGACAAAGCGUAAAGCUGCAGAUUCUGAUCUUGGGAAGACACUCAUUGAAGGGAAAGCAAAGCGGUCACGAUCGCAGGCUGACACGUCACUACCAGCAAAGCCCCCACAGUCAAUCCCUGACUUGGAUGUGGGGGGUAGGAAUAGUCAGCUUAAGAGAAUUGGUGCCUUGUUGGAUGCGCCUGGGCGGGCAACCAAACCAAAAGGCUCAACCACCCUUGAUUCAAACGCUCCUGUGAACCCUCUCACUCCAAUACCACCUAGCAAGGGUCGUGGGAGUCGCUCAAAGGCUCCUCCACUGUAUAGCGCCUCCCAGCCAGUGGUAGAUUUCAGCGCUCCACCUUCAAGAAAACAAGGCAAAAAAGCCAAGAACAUUGCUGCCUCCAGCGUCAAGGCACCCAAUCAACCAAGCUUUGUACAACGCGACGAUGGUGAACAUUUCGGGUUCUGUCCACCUAUCGUCCCUUCUCACACAAAGCAAGUUCUCAAUACCUCUUCAAUCACUGCCAAGAGCGCUGGUCAGAAGCCCGCCACUACUCACGUUAACAUUUUGUUGCAACCAGAUCUUUCGAAGACGACCUCAGUUAACAUGAUGCCACAUUCGCAAGCUGACUUAUACGCAAAUAUAGAUCCUUCUCUCCAGCCAAUUCGUCAGCAAGCACAAGGUGAAUCUAGUCAUUGCGGUGCCUCCCUCCCGUCCAUUGGCCAGGAAGCUCAAGCUGAUGUCUCAACAUCCGAGGAUGACACUCCCUCUACUGAUAAUGCUGAUGAAAGCGACGCUAAUGAAGAAAGUGAUAAUGACGACAGCGAAAUUGGUUGGGGAGGAGACCAUGGGUGUCAUAGCAUGCAUCCCGGCUUUUCAAAGGAAGGAAUAUCAGUAUCCCAACCUCAGGCUAUCACUCGACCCUCUGAUUUUGAAUUCCAUCAUUCUGACGAUGCUAUGAAUGAGCCUACCAAGCCGGACGAUGUCUUACAGCGUCAUCACAAGAAAAAUGAAUGUCCACGCCUCCCUGACCCCGCAAUGCUUGGUCUCAUUCAUUGCCAAGAGACUCAACCCAUCAAUGCGAAGUCACGCAACUCGGGCGUUAAGGCCAACAAGGUCAAAUUAGCCAAGUCCAAGGAAUUGACUGAAGGCCCUAAGCUGACCCAACUUGGCUGGUAUCCUCCACAGUGGAAGACUUUCCUUGAGGAGGUGAAAGCAGAGUGCUGUGCCCAGCACGCGAUCGAGAAUGCCUUCCUGGACUCCAUCAAGGAUUUGCCUCUUUCAGUCACCGAAGCACUCACGACAUCACUCGUAGAAUGGCUUGAAGCAGGUAAUGAGGUGGAAGCGGGUAUAUGGCCCAAUCACAAGACCGAUAUGGCCAAGCUGCUAUAUGAAGACUUAUCAACCUGGCGCUCCAACCUCAAGAAGAUAGCUAUCAGCAUCAUGCCCUCCAUGUAUAACCUCAUCCCCUCAGCUGAAGUACCCCCUCAAGCUCGCACUGCCUGGGUCGAGAACACUGCCACAGAACUGUUGGACAAGUCUUUGUUUCUUCGUAAUGGUGUAGAUGAGCUUGGGAAAACUAACAAUGCUGCUCACCCUGCACUCAAGGCAGCCGCCAUCACUUUCUUCUACACUGGUUCCUAUUGUAUCGCUCACAGGAGACCCGAUAUCUUCAAAGAGGAGUUACCUUUGCAGUCUUUGGCUUUGGUUUGCACUGCGGUGUCUUCUUAG